ACAUCACCGAUCAAAGUUGUCAGUAUGGUGCAUUAUCCACCAACAUUUUUACAUGAUAUUUAGCUGAAUGAUAAAGAAAUGUCGGAAGCAUCAAAUGGAGGACGAUCACGAGUGUCAAGCUUUGAUAGUAUUGACAUUGUCGACACAUAUGAACCAAGUUCUGCUGGUCAUAAUGUCGAAACAAAUUCAUCGCCGAAGAUAAGUGGACGAGCGUGGGGCAGAGUGAAGAAAUUUCUAUUAUGUUCUAUUCCGUUUCCAAAAUCCAUCUAUUUUAUUAUUGGUAAUGAAUUCUGUGAAAGGUUUUCAUACUAUGGAAUGAAGGCGAUAUUAUUCAUAUACCUUUCAAAUGAAUUGAAUCUGAGCAAAGAUAAUUCAACAGCUAUAUUUCACUCCUUCUCUAUGUUGUGCUACUUCACCCCCCUGUUUGGUGCCAUGCUAGCGGAUGGAUGGAUUGGAAAAUAUAGGACAAUCCUCUAUAUAUCUAUAAUCUAUGCCAUUGGAAACAUCAUUGUGUCAAUAACAGCAGUACCAGAUCUAGGUAUGGGCGAACGUCCUGGACCAAUGAUUGGACUUCUUCUUAUUGCUAUAGGAACAGGAGGGAUCAAGCCUUGUGUGUCGGCUUUUGGAGGAGAUCAAUUUUCAUCAGAUCAAGAACACUUACUGCAAAGUUUCUUUUCUAUUUUCUACUUUUCUAUCAAUGCUGGAAGUUUGCUGUCGAUGCUUAUAACACCUUUGUUGAGAGGUGAUAUACAGUGCUUUGGAAAAAAUUGUUACUCUCUUGCAUUUGGGGUGCCUGCACUCCUCAUGCUUGUUGCAGUUAUUUUAUUUUGGGGUGGUCGUCAUGGCUACAAGAGGAGACCUCCUAAUGGCAACAUAGUAUGGCUUGUAACCAAGGCAACAACCCAUGCUCUCAAAAGAAAAUUAUCAAAUAAUGGUUCUAAGGAUCACUGGAUGGACUGGGCUGAUGAUAAAUACGACAUUCAACUGAUCGAAGAUAUCAAGGCACUGUAUCGAGUUUUAUUUAUGUUUUUGCCUUUGCCUUUCUUUUGGACAUUAUUUGACCAACAGGGAUCCCGUUGGGUUUUACAAGCAACUCAAAUGGAUGGCUCUUUAGGUGCCCUAGGAACAUUAAAACCAGAUCAAAUGCAGGCGCUAAACCCGGUUUUUAUAAUUUUAUUAAUCCCAGUAUUUGAAGGAAUCAUAUAUAAAGUGUUUUUCAAACCAAUGCCUCUAAAGCGAAUGUGUGCUGGAAUGUUAUUAGCUGCCACAGCCUUCGUCAUAGCUGGCCUUGUGCAACUCAAAAUACAGGCAAGUCAAGUUGAUACAAUCCCACCUUUUGGAAAAACAGACAUUCGAUUUGUCAAUAGUUUAGACUCUAAGGCAUGGGUGGCUAUGCCUAAAUAUAAUUUAACUAUGGACCCACAUGGCAAGUCAUCAACAACUCGUCUUUCUGCGCCUGCUGCUUUCGACAUUGUUGUUAAAGCAGCAUGCGGGAACUACAAAUCCCAUGUCAACAUGAAAGAAAGACUGGCAUAUGACUAUAUCAUCGGCUGCCAAGGUAAUCAGGUCACGUGUGUACUCGUGGAUCGGAAAACAUCGGUGCCAGCUGGCAAAGCAUCGUUGUGCAUCGUGGUAAACCGGUUUGACCUGAUUGACAGGCUUUUUUCACUUGAAAUGAAUGGCAAGAUAAUGUUGGAAAAUGUCAGCUACACCGAGAAUAAUAAUACAAGAUGCAUCAGUGUUCCUCCUAAGCACUAUAUUUUGGAAGUGAAGGAUCAAAUCAACAAACUAGUUGGCAAGAAAGCCAUAACUCUCGAUAGUGAUGUCGUAUACACAUUGGUUCUUUCAAGUAAUAAGAGUGAUGGCAUAUUUAUAUACAAAGACAUGAAAACCAAGUUGGUGUCGAUGCUUUGGCAGAUUCCCCAGUACUUUGUCAUCACAAGUGGAGAAAUACUAUUUUCCAUCACAGGUCUGGAGUUCGCUUAUUCACAAGCGCCAGCAUCCAUGAAAUCGUGUUUACAGGCCGCUUGGUUGCUAACAGUUGCCUUUGGAAACCUUGUGGUUGUCAUUGAGGCGGAAACUCAUGUUUUUGAUAAACUUUCCACUGAGUUCUUUUUCUUUGCCGCCAUGUUGGGUGUGGUCAUGGUGAUUUUUUUAGUUAUGUCAUUGUUUUAUAAGUACGUUCAAGCAGAGACCGCUGAAGAAGAGGAUAAUGAAGGCAUUGUAAACGAAAUGGAGUCUUUUUGACCCAGCAUUCUUAGUAAAUAGCAAAUAACGACCGAAUGCACUCAUAAUUUGUGUAAAUCAUAUAAUUUCAGCAAGAGCUGAUUCUUCCAUGUUUCUUUUUGGACUCUUGUUAAAUGGAAGUUUGAGCGCAGAAAUUCAAUACACGGUUCAAAGGCGUCGUGCCGGCCCAAACAGGAAAUCAUAGUGUCGUCAAAAUAGGUUCGACGCUAUAUAUCCAUAUUGAACUAUAUGUCGAACCAAAUUAGAACAAUCAAAACAAUCAUCCAUCGUCGUUACGCAUUUUGCCGUGUUCACAAUUGCAUUUGCAAGACGUUAGCUAAACUCUAUGUCGAUCGAGAUUUUUUGAACUGCCGAGACGAGACUCAUCUAUUUUUGAAACUCAACUCUGGUUUCAUGCGUCGAUCAGCAAUUUACACGUAUUUCUAAAAACGGUGGGAAGAACGGCGAUUGUCGAAGUGAGAAUGCACGACCGAAAGGGACUAUGGCUAUACUGUUUAGACAAACACUAAAACUU